CAUGGAGAGGGCGCAGUACCGCGCUAUCCUCCGUAUCGUUGACACGUCGAGCGGAAAGAGUGCGGCGAGUAGGAAAGAGAUCGAGAAGAGGAAGAGAGAGAGAGAGAGAGAGAAAGAGGGAGAGAGAGACGAUCGCGCGACCUCGCGCUCGCUCACAUCAAUCGACACUCGCGUAAUUGUCGUGCGCGAAUAAUAAUUCUUCUGUCCGAUUACGGUGUCCGUCCCCGUGGAGAACUUCCGGCCCGCGACGUUUUGCGCGCGCGAACGCGGUCAGUGGCGCGUUGACUCUCGCCUCGUGUACUCUCGAUGAUCUAUCGGUGAUCGAUCAUAUCCGGCGUAGAUCAUUCGGGAUCGUCCGCGUGACGCGGUGAACGCGUGGUGAACGUUAUCCGCGAGUGAUUUGGUGAAAAAUUGUCUCGUGUGCCUGUCCCGAGGGAGCCGCUGCGAAGGACAAUGCUGGUGGCAUUCCUGUUUACCGCGGCGCUCGCCGUCGCGAGGAUCCACGCCAGCCAGGUGACCAUGGACGCCAAGAUACGCGACGACUCCGACUUGUCCCAGGUACGUAAAACGAGAGGACAAAUUUACGUUGCGGCACGGCGAACGAGCUGCGGCUGCAUCCACAGCCCGUGGUAACGUCGUUUUACCAGCUCCUGGAAGCCAGUCAAGUAGCCAAUACCACCCUCACGUACCGCCACGUGACCGUGUUUGCGCCCACUAAUCGAGCGUUCCAGAAGUACAAUGGCAGCACGAAAAACUUGGUUUUGUAUCAUAUGUCGAACCGGCCUUUGACGAUCGAGGAGCUGAGGGAUUAUAUAUCCUCCGAGUUGGAGGGCAACCCACCCCUGUGGAUUACUAGAAGACCGGGCAGAUACGGCGGCGCGAACGUGUACAUUAACAACGCAAUGAUCCUCUUGGAGCAGAGCAACUUCCAGUCGAAACUCAAAGUCAACGGCGACACUAUGACUCAAGUCCUGCACAUCAUAAACGAAGUGCUGGAGCCCGUGCGAUCCAAUUCGGCGGAAACGUCGAUCUACAACCCGAACGCUUUUCAAUUUCUGAACCAGAGCGAGAAUCUCAAUUUGGGCGACCAUCGCGUGCGUACCUUCCGACAGCGGAUCGUCAUUGAGAAGAAGGAACCCAUCUUCAAGGCCGAGGGUCGUUUCACCUUCUUCAUCCCCGUUGACGAGGGUUUCAAGCCGGAGCCGAGGCCGCAAAAGAUUGAUCAACUGGUGAUCGACGGGCACGUUUUACCCAACGAGGUCCUCUUCACCUCGCCGACGCCGGAGAAAGUGCCGUAUCCGACCCUCGUAUUCUCCGACAAUCUGAAAGUUGUCGUCAGCUUUCUCAAGUCACAGAAUAAAGUCUACGUUCAAUCAGACACAUUGGUGGGCGAUGCGAAUCAUCAGGCCGGAGUAGUGCUGGCGGAAAUAGUGAAGGCGAACAUCCCCGUGCGCAACGGCGUCGUUCAUCUGAUACAACGACCGCUCAUGGUCGUCGACAGCACCGUGAAGGAUUUCUUGGAGUCCUUCAAGGGCAUCGAAAAGGAAGACGGACCGGUGUACAAGUUUUACGAGACCAUUCGCGAUUUCGGGGACGAGAUUAUGAGCUCCAUCAGUCACCUGAAUGACGUUACCCUCUUCGCGCCCAGCAACGCCGCGCUGGACGAGCCGGGGGUGAAGCAGAUGCUGCAAGACAAGAACCGCAUGAAGGAAAUCCUCAAGCUCCACUACGUCAAGGAGCGGCUAACCCUCGAGAAGAUCAAGGACAAGAGCGUCAGCCAAACAAAAACCGUAUUUGGCGGAAAGCAGCACCUCGGGGUGCCAACCGCCGCUGACAAGAAGAAGCUCUACUUCAACGUGGUGCAAGGACCGAGAGAGAAUCAGACUGUCACCGUGGAAGGUGGCGGCGUGAACGCCACCAUCAUCACCCCCAACAUCGCCGCCACCAAUGGGAUUAUCCACAUAAUCGACAGGCUUCUCGGGGUACCCUACACCACCGUGCUCGACAAACUCAGGACCGAUCCAAUGCUCAACUCGACCUACAUGCUGGGCCAGCGGCGUGGAUUUAACGAUCAGCUAAACGAUACGACGAAACGCUUCACGUACUUCGCCCCGCACGACUACGCCUGGAGAGACGCGGCGAAUAAUUAUCCGUCGACCACUAAGAAGCUCUUCAUGCCCGAGUUCAGUUAUCACACGAAACAGAUAUUGGAGCGACAUCUCGUAAUAGCGGACCAGGCGUACACGAUGGCGAAGCUGAAGGAGAUGAGCAACGACACCAUCUUCCUCCCAUCGGCCAGGGACAAUCUGAAGCUUCGCGUUAAGGAGUACGGCGAAAAUGAGAGGGUCGACGAAAACGCAAUCCGUCCAGAAACACUCGGCUACCAUGUGGAGUGGGAGGGCAAGAGGAUCCGCGUCAUCCGUCCGGACGUCGAGUGCACCAACGGCAUCAUCCACGUGAUCAACGCCGUGUUUCUCAAGGACAGCGACGUCCGGGUGACGGGCGGCGCGUCGCUAGCCACCCUUGCGCCCCAUCUAAUCAUGAUACUGAUAGCCAAGUGGCACCUGUAAAAAUCCUCAUCACCGCGUCGCAUCGUCUCGCAUCUGCAGCAGGUGCGUCUAUAGGAAUUCUUCUUGGGGGCCGUCUGCGAUCGUCCUCGAGCGGCGACGAAGACGACGACAACGACGACGACGACGCAGUGCGCAGCGGCAAGGCACGGCGGGUAGGCACGGUCGAUCGUCCCGUUCGAUCGGACUCUCCGAAAGGACGUUUAUUGUGCUCGGGGGAGGGGGGAGAAGGAAUAAAAGGGGUGGGCGGGGAAAAAUCCGAAGAUCCGGUGGUGGCCGUGAAUUCGCGAGAUCGACGGGACUUAAACGAUCGUCGAGGAUUCACGGAAUCCGAAGAUCCGAGGAUUCGUUUUUGCGUAAGGCUCUAACAGGAUCGCCAAUCUGCAAAUGUGAAAGGGGGGAGGGGGGGAAGUGUCCGAUCAGUUACAUUAGCGAUCGUAUAGCACGCAGAGAGCCCCCGCCGAGGGAACGACGGAAGGACGACCGAGCACUCACGAUCGCACGGCCUCAGAAUGCCAGGAUAGCCUAUUAUUUAUUGAGUAAUCGUCCGUGGACGUAGCGGGACAAUUUUACGGGUUAGAAGCGUUAAUCGUACCAAAUAAAUGGUUAAUCUCGUACCAAGUAAUCUAAAUAAAUUUAUUGAGGAACGAGGGAGCGUGGAGAGGUAGAGGGAGAGGUAGAGAUUUCGAGGUACCUACUUCGAGUGCAAAGGCAACGACGAAAUUACAUACUAUGAGAUCAUGCGACUGUCAGCGAGCGACGCGAAUAUGCAAAUAAAAUUGCGCUUCAGCCAUCGAUCGUUCUUUCCAUUAUCCCAUCUAAGCGUCGAAUUGGGAAAAAUUGUUUCACUUCAUGCCGUUGCGAGCAAAAAGUUUGCGAUUACACAGCUGUACCAAUCGGAUGAUCGAUCGGUCGGGGUAAUUAUGCGAUUUAAUUGCAUAUCUCACUCGCCGUUCUGUAGAGCUAAUAAGAACUUAAUAACGUAUCAAGAUGUUUCGCAUAACCCUUAGAGCAAGACUUGACGAUUCCCUCGUGGAAUCUUACGAUUUUAUACGACACAUACGAUUUUAUACAAUCGUAAACGUAAAGUCCGAAAUCCUUUCCCUCCAAAGCGACGACAGUAAUAAAGCUAAGCGCAAUACUGAUCACUCUUUUCAAUUAACGACAGUAAUAAAGUCGAAACGCAAUAUCGAUCGUUCCGAGUAAAUUAGCGAAGGAAAUAAGUAACCGCUUGCGGAAUAAGGAGAUCCAGUCCGAAUCUUUCCAUCUCGGAAUUCACUGAUUUCAGAAGCCCGUGUAUUUUUUUCCCCGGAUCCUUGGAUUCCCUCGGAGAACGGGACAGUCGGAUUUCUGGCGAAUCUCUCAGGACACCUGUGGAUCCUUAAAUCCUUAAAUAAUAGAUACGUGGAUUUUCUUCAGAUUUUCAAAUGGGUCCUCGGACUUCUGAUAGAGACUAGACUUCCGAGCUUCCGGCUUCUCGGAUCCGCAGUCGAUCGAUAUAGUAAUCAUCGCUUAUCGUCGUCAUAUUGAUUCAUUGAAAUCGGAUCGAACGCCGGACAUACGCGUCAUCUCGUAUGGUAUGGCGAUACGGUGAACGUAUCUCGGGGUGCAAGCGCACUCCAUCCCCCCUUUCCUCUUAAAAUCCGACGUUUAGGUAACGUCGUUCCUUUCGAGAGACCGUGUUUUCAAGCCUUUCGUCGCCGCGGAAGGGUUAACGGCCGCCGCGGCCGCUCAGGGACGACCCCGAAUGAUACCCCGCUAUGUAUCAUAUCGUAUUUACGCUAUCUACUUACCGAGAAUACUGCCAUGCACGCGGGCUUGCAGAUGAGCUUGCGAACGAGUUUUUGUACGAUAAUUAUUAACAGAGCGAAAGGUCGGGAAAAAGAAAAAGGGCGAUUUCUGAAAAAAAAAAGGUGCGUUAAACUGUUACACGAGAAUUCAGAAGCGCGAAGAAACAAGGUAUCUUGAAUGCGCAAGGGGAAAAAGAGAAGACGUUUUGGCACUCUUGGCUUCUAUUACUUUUGUAAAUUUGUAACAGAAAGCAAUAUUCCCUUGAUUUUCUCGUGUUAUCUGAAAUGCGGUAACUUUUCAAAAGGGACUGACGGGAAUCCGUUUUGCGGAAUAAAGUAAAAGGUUCUACGAGAAAACAGGAUUUGCUGCACGUGUAUCUUAAUACUUGUUAAAGAAUUAAAUUAAGCGGAAAAACCGACGGAAGAUCGCUGAACCAAUUCCCGAAUGGGGAAUUCGUCCGCGGAAGGGGAGUGCCUAUCAAUCUCUUUUGAUUCGCCUAUCUUUUUUACGGAGAGACAUUCCGUGAAACCAUAUCUACUCUCGGUGCCCAGCACGCGCUAUCGUUCUAUCGUAAUAACCACAUCCCGACGAACUUUCUUUUCCCUCUCACAUCCACGCUCAUCGCAUUACUACAGACACACGUACAGGCACACAUACACGCACACCUUGCUCGUCGAAUAUAGUGAACUUAAUCAUUAAGAUCUUAGCUGUACGCGUGCGAGCAAUAGACGAGGGCCCAUCUCGGAGGAAAGUUCGAAGGACACGGCUAAAAGGAAACUGAUAUAGGCUCAGAAACGAAAAUCAAAUGAAAUCCGGGUCGAAAUGCGAGGAUCAACUCUUUCGCUGGUCAAAGUCUCUAGCUGAGGUUCUUGUUUCGUCGAAGAAAGGGUAAGUGAGCGCUUCUCCGAGCAUCCUUUCGAUCUACGUAACACAAACUGAUCUUUGAUAUGUGCAAACAUAUUUACCUGAUGUAUACCGUUUUAAUCGUGACGCGCGCAUCGCGAGGCUUUUGACUCGUGUAGUAUUAUUGAAUUUUUAAAUAUCCGCAUAUCUUGGAAACUAUCUGAGAACCAAAGAGACGAAGCGGAGAAGCGGCAGAACUUUAUUCGUCAAUUAAUCGAACGUUCCUUUAGCGAGCAUUCUCGCGCAAGCUUAUCUACCGAGGAAUUGAAUAUUAAAGGAUAAUGAAUAUUAAAGAACAAACGGAGCUCUUUCCAAUUAGCCAUCUUCGCUAAGGAAAAAUCGAUUUCACAUUCUCUCACGAAUGAAGUCCUGCAGGCGUUACGCUCGCUUGUAGCAUAAACGGGUUGAAGUAAAGAAGAGAAACGAGUACUCGGCACGGAACACGUUCGUAGCUCGAAGGAGGGGAUAAAAAACCUCGAAAUUUCGUGUCCUCCUCGAGGACGGAGAGUCGGAGAUAAAUGCGACAAGAGAAGCGCAAGAUGGUUCACGUUCAACUGAUAAAACGCCGAAACCUAAAUGAAAGACAAUUGACUGAUCGGAUCGUUGUUAAGUUUCGCAACACGAUCCGGUAACUUGUUUGCGUUAGUCACGUAUAAAAAAGAAAGAGAGAAAGAGGGAGAACGAGAGAUUGUAAUUAGCGGGCGCGUAAUCGGAGCAGCCACAACCUUCUCCGCGAGAAAACUUGAUUUAAAGAAAAAAAUAACGUCGAUGUUAUACGUGUUGAUAUCAGUCUAUACAUAUAUAUAAAACAAAUAAAUAAAGAUAUAUAUAAUAAACAGAGAUAUAUAUUAAUGAGGAAGAAAGUAUCGAUCGCGAAGAGAAACGAGUCGAGGGAAAGGACGGGAAGGGAGGCAAAAAAAAAACGAGAGAAUGAAAGAGAAAAGAAACAAAAUACUAUCAGAUGAUAACUUAAACUUGUUGUUGGGAUGAAUUGAUAUUACGAAUUAUUAUUAUUAUUACAAUUAUUACCUAUAUAAAAUAUACAUAAACUCUAAUUAACACUGUUUGCUCGUUAGAUGAACCAAGAAAAAAGGAAAAAAAAAUAGCGAAACUCUAUUUCUCCGUGUAGAUGUGUCUUAAUGUUCAGCUUGUUCGGCAGCCACGCAGCUGACAGUGAGUGAGCUAGGUUCGGGGCUGCCAUAAGUCGAAGAGGGAUGUUCGAGUCGGUACGCGAGAAACGAGAUCAAGCGGACUGCCACGCGAGACUUAAAAGAAAAAAAAUCUUCACGCUCGUAGAGCGAAAAGGACGACGUACGGGAAAAAGAUGCACACACGCCGCCGGUGUUGUUACUAACGUUACAAAAGGGCCAUAAAUUGUUGAGCGGAAAAAUCGACCGCCGUCCACGACAAUCGAAUUUUAUAGUAUAAAUAACGUUAGUAUUUCGCCAUGUUACAAAAUCUUGCAUUCAGAUCUUGCGUCAGGCUAUUCUUGAAGUAAAUAAAGAUUCGAUAAUUCGUGAUUUUUAAAAUUACCUCUCCUCGUCUGGAUUUCGCGGAAGGUGGUCGACUGGUCCAAUAAUAAAAAAAAAAAAAAAAAAAAGAGAGAAA